AUGCUGCUCUCGUUUGAGACCCUCGUGACGCUGUGUAUGACGGCCGCCCGCCUGCUGCGCUCGUGCGUUGAGACCCUCGUGGGCUUCGUGUUCUGGCUAGCACUCUGUUUGAUUAUCCUUCCAGUCAUCGUUCUCGUUUCCUCGCCAUUUAUCGCGCUCGGCCUCUGCAGCUCCGACAGUGGUGUCGGCAUGCCUCCCGCCCACCUCGCCUUGGGUCGCCUUCCAUAUCUGAUUCCGAUGGUGCUCUUCGUCGACCUGCCAAUCGCCGUCUUACUCUUAGCGACAUUGCUGUUCGAGCAACUGUUCCUCCGGAAUCCCCUCAUCCUCGCCGUCUACAGCCUCUGCCGGCGCGCCCCACAGCUCCCGAACCGCGAGCCAACGCUCCCCGACACCGAGGCCGGUCUUCACGCUCGCGAGCGGCCGCGCGCAAACACCAACGACGGCGCCCGCUACCGCGAGGCGCCUUGCGUUGCAUCAGCACCUCGAAUGGCCGCGGCUCAGAGCACGGACGACGGGGCCCGUUACCGCGAGCACGCCUUCGUCUGGGCUGCCCUCGAGGGCGACGGCGAGAAGGUCCGACCGGGAGACGUGCGGCUGAUCAGUCUGAACUGGCUCAUUGCGCUGGCAGAGCGGGGCGGCGUGCUCCCGCGGCGGCAGGACCUGCCAGAGGAGGCCUUCUUAAGCUCUGCUCAGCUGAGGCGGAUCGAGCAAGGCGCCAGGCGCGGCUUCAACUCCGUCGGACAUGAGGAGGCCAUUGAGCGAUUCAUCAAGGAGCCCUCCCUCUCGUCCUUGCUCGGCUGGCUCGCGAGCUUUUUCGGCCGCAAGCGCAACCCCGACGGGCUGCUCCCGAUCAUCUCCGUCUCCUACUGCUGGCUCGAAGCCGCGCAUCCAGAUCGGGAGGGCCGCCAGCUCCAGCUGCUCUCCCGCAAGCAGCGGGGCCUCUACGGCGGGCGCGGCCUGCUCGGCGCGUGCCGCGACUACGGCUUCUCGGACAUGGGCGUGUUCCUCGACUGGUCCUCGGGCUACCAGAGGGAUCCGGCGCUAUUUGCCGAGCGGCGCGCGUAUGAGGCGAGCCGGUCGGGCGAAGAGAAGGCCGCCUUCGGUCGCAUGCUGGAAAACACGAUGGACCUCUGGUACGCGCACGCCUCGGUUACUGUCGUGCUGCUCACGCAGCUGCCCGACGAGCUGCCCGCCGGCUUUGACCGGAGCCGGACCUACGACACUCGCGGCUGGACGACAUUCGAGCGCUGCUCGGCAGAGCUGGGCGCAAAGCCCUCCUCGCUGGGCUUUGCCAAGUGGAAGCUCGUCAUCGACGUCGCCAGCGACGACGGCGGCGCUCAGCGGCGGCUCCCCGCGACUCCGGAGCGCAUGGCGACGCUGCUCGCCACUUGCCGCUUCACCAACGGCGCCGACUCGACGACCGUGCUCGCGCUCUACGAAAAGACGGCGAAGGCAGUGCUGGGAACGGUCGAGAAGCUCGACUACACGGGGCUGCCGCUCGUGCGUGGCGACGCGUGGACUAGCCCUGCGCUGCUGGCGGAGGCGCUGAAUCAUUGCGAGAGCCUCCGGACCCUCGUCGUAGCUGGGAAUCGCCUCGACGACGAGGGCGUGGCGGAGCUUGCGGCAGGGCUCGAGGGCGGCGCGCUCCCGGUGCUUGAGGCUCUCUACGUAGCGGCAAACCGCUUCGGCGCGCGCGGCGUCGGCGCGCUCUGCGGCGUGUUCCAUCGCGGCGUGGCGCCGGCGCUGCAGACGCUCGACGUCGCUGCCACGCCUAUUGGCGACGAGGGGGCAGUGGCGCUAGCUGCGGCUCUGUCGACCGGCAAGCCGUCGCAUGGGCUGAGCUUGGCGUUCUGUGACGUGAGCGACGAGGGCGCGAUGGCACUCGCGGCUGCCCUCCCGGCCGCGGGUCAGGGAUGUCGCGUGAACGCCUUUUUCAAUCGGAUCGGCCUCGCGGGCCAGGCGGCACUGCUAGAUGCACUCGAUGCGAAGCACGGGCCGCAGCCGGGGCACGGCAUUGCGGUGCUGCAGGUGAACUUGCUUCCCUGGUCGUGCCCGCUCAUUCGCGCUUGGGGACGAGGCGGGCGCCGUGUGGCCGAGAGCGGCCGACUCACCAUAUAA